AUGCCGAAUGGGUCUGAAAUCUCUCCGAGGUUGGCUUGCGGUGAGCUCGGAUUCAGCGAGCCGAAGCUUCCAGGGCAAGUUCGACGGCGCUCUCACCGACUAUCGAUUACCAAUUGGCGCGCAAACAGCAUCUCCGAAGGCAGUAUUACCCACGUCGACGUGUUCUUAGGCUCCCUCACGUCAACAUCGGAGCAGCUUGCAUCUUCCAUCGCGGAGAAUGCCAAGCAACGUGGAGCAGAGGUGACUAUGAGAUCACUGGAAUGCUUUGCUCCGGAUCAAUACGUCGACCCAGACUCGAUUUACCGCGCACCAUCGCGCCUCACAGUCUUCGUGGUGUCCACCCACGCUGCUGGCAAGCCGUCUGCAAACGCUGAGAGUUUUAUACAAUGGCUUCGUGAUGCACCAACGACAGUUCACACUCCACCAGUCGAGUCUCUACAAUCCGGAGAAACUCAAGAACCCGACAACACAGCGAUGUGUACGCCACCAACGAGCAGCUCUCCAACCAGCAAAAGCCACAGCCCCCGAGAGCUCCGAAUCAAUUCCGCAAAGCCUGAGGGUCUUCACCGCCACCACUCGCUGUCGGACGCAUUUCGGGCGAGUUUCCACGUAAAUUGGCGUCAUCCGUUCGGCGGUGGAGAGUCUUCAAUGAACGGUGUUACCAAGCUAAAUGGGCCUCUACUUGGUGUUCAGUACGCAGUUUUCGGCGUCGGCAACUCCGUUUACCGCACAUACAACGCCACUGCGAAAUACAUCGACUCGAGGAUACAGGAACUCGGAGGAGUGCGCGUUUGCCUGCUGGGCCUCGGGGAUGUAUCCAAAGGCAUCGAAGCUGUAUUCAACAAGUGGGAGUCGCAACUGCUUCAAGUCGUCUCAAACCAGCCGAGCAGCAACGCGGUUAGUGCACCGAAUACAGCGCGAGAUCCAGUAAAACUGCCGAGUCGACUGUUGCUGCCUUGUGCUACUGGCAACGCGGGGGUCGGCGCUGAAGAGGUCGUGGCGGGGCAGUCUGUGAUAAUCGGCCCAACACCGGAGGAUUUGAGGAAGCUGGAAGUGUCCGGGCGAGGGGGAGGCAAAAUGUACCAGCGGCGAUACAGCAGCGCAAUUACGAUUUUGCAUACUCGACAUGCGUCCCCUGACAAAGUCCCAAUGCCACCGCUCACGGCCCGUAGAUAA